UCCUGCCACCCACGACCACUUCUCAACCAAGCUGCCCAUCCAGCUUCCCGGUCUUCCUCGACUUCUUCCCCGGCCGUCGUAGAUUCGUUUCCCAUUCUUGAGCUACUGCGAAUUCAAGGAAGACACAUGGACGAGCAGUGGAUGAUGGGGCAGACUUCCCUCAGCCUCGGCCUCAACGUCGGCCGGCCGACGGCGCGGCGGGGUGCCCCUCCGGUGACCAAGGUCCUCGUGGAGGAGGACUUCAUGUCUUCCAAGAAGAACCACGAGGUCGAGGCGCUGCAGGCGGAGCUCCGGCGCGUGGGCGAGGAGAACAGGAGGCUCAGCGACAUGCUCCGCGCGCUCGUGGCCAAGUACUCCGACCUCCAGGGCAAGGUCAGCGGCAUGAUGGCGGCGGCGGCCGCGGCCAACAACCAGCAGUCGUUGUCUACGUCUGAGGGCGGCUCCGCGGCCUCGCCCUCCAGGAAGCGCGCCCGCAGCGACAGCCUCGACACCGCCGGCCGCAAUCCUUCGCCGCCGCUCGCCGCGGCCGUCAGCAUCAACGUCGUCCCCGACCGCGACCAGGUGGAGUGCACGUCCGUUCAUGAGCCGUGCAACAGCAAGCGCGUCCGCGCCGAUGAGUGCAAGGCCAGCAGGGUCUCCAAGCUCUACGUCCACGCCGACCCCUCCGACCUCAGCCUCGUCGUGAAGGAUGGGUACCAAUGGCGGAAAUACGGGCAAAAGGUGACCAAGGACAACCCAUGCCCGAGGGCCUACUUCCGGUGCUCGUUCGCGCCGUCGUGCCAGGUGAAGAAGAAGGUGCAGCGCAGCGCCGAGGACAACACCGUCCUGGUGGCAACGUACGAGGGCGAGCACAACCACGCACAGCCGCCGAAGAUGCAAGGCUCUGGCGGCAGGAAGUCUGCCGACGCAGCCGCCGUCCGUGCAUCGCCAGCGCCGCCGCUCGCCCAGCAACAGCCGAGGCAGCAAUCGACAACGGAGGCAGGAUUGGCCGCGGACAGGAAGAACCUGGCGGAGCAGAUGGCCGCGACGCUGACGAGGGACCCUGGGUUCAAGGCGGCGCUCGUCUCCGCGCUCUCCGGCCGGAUCCUCGAGCUCUCGCCGUCUGAUAGUUGAUCAAGCGAGCGGCUUCGUCUUCGUCUUCGUCUCCAUUUAAUUAGCAUUUGUAGCUGAAAAGUUUAGGUCAUGGUCAUUAAUUUUGAAUUGCUCGCCUAUCCAGAGAUUAAUUGUAUAUAAUUAUUUCAUUAGCUCUACGGAAAACAUAGUACCGAAUUUGUACGACAUUCUAGAGUGGAUGCAGCAAAGAUAUACUUCCUUCAUCCCAAAAUAAUUGUCGAUGAUUUAGUAUAAUUUUCAUUAGUUCGUAGAUGGAAAAUGUGUACAAGAUUAUCCGUUUUGUUAUUUCAAGACGAAAGUAGAGUUUUCCGAUCAAA